UGGUAGAGGCUAAAGGUUAUUCUCAAUGUUCUGAUGACAUUUGACGCGCUGUGUGUUCUGGCAUGCAUAUUUUUGAUAUAACCUGAGGAUUAUACUUCCGUCAACCGGGCUUGUAAUGGCGGGAUCGCAGGAAAAGCAACGGCUACAAGUGAAUAAUGACAGUCCGACUGAUGAGCACAGUGCGAUUAAUCAGCGACUCAAAGAUGAUGGCCUUGACCCUCAGUGUGACGACUCGCAGAAACUGCUCCAUGUGUGGAAAUUAUACAAAAAGACUGAGUCUGAUCUCCAGAAAGCUGUUGAGAGCGAAGAGAAACUCCGGGUGGAUCAGACGGAAGAGAUGCAGGAGGUGGAGAACUACGUGGAACACAUCCGGAACCUGUCCGACGAGCGGGAGACUCUCAUACAGGAACUGGAGACUGAGAACGAACAGCUCAGAACGGAGGUCGAUAAACUCAAACAAGAUGGAGCGGAUACUGCUCUGAUAAAAGAAACUGCCGAAAUGCUGACUCAGCAGGGUUUGGAAGAGAUUGCGCACGCGUCGAGCAGUGAACAGAUAGCGUUCCUGCUGGUGGAGCGCGCGCGUCUGCUCGACGAACUGGAGAUGGAGCAGACGCAGAAUGAAGGUCAGAAUGCUGAAGAUCUGAAGCAGAUUUUGGAGCGGGAGAGAGCAGACUUCGAGGAAGAACUGGCACAGCAGAGGGAGAGAGCGGCGGAGGUCCUGAACUCGCUCAAGAUGGAGCAUGAAGAAGAAAUAAAUGCCUUGAUCGACGAAAACGCAAAACUGGACGAAGAGUUGACAACGCUGAAAAAUACGAUAAAGGACUUGACAUCUGAAGUGGACAAACUGUCGGAUGACUUGACUAACGAAGAGAAUGAGAAGAAGAAAGUGCAGACGGCGCUCACUGCGUUGGAAAAAGAAGUGAAGGAAAAAGAGAAAGAAAGCCCCCGAUUGGAAGUUGUGCGAACUGAAGUGGUGAGAGCACCAAGUCCGGGACUGGGAAGAACAACAACAGACGUAGCGUUGAGAAAAGUCAUUGAGGAAAAGACGAAGAUUGAAGGUGAACUUGUUUCGCUCACGUCAAAAGUCCGAUCCUUGGAGAAUGAGUUGUCUGCUAAGAGUGAUAAGAUGUCUAAGAUGUCCGAUGACCUUGAGAAAGGUCAGAUGAUUCAGCAGCAGCUGCAGAUGAAGAACAAGAAUCUGCGGAAAGAGGCGGAAGAAAUGGAGCAGCAGCUAGAUGAAGCGGAGCUCUCUGUAGAAAAAAUGACAAAGGAAAACGAAGAAUUCUCUAAAAAGAUGGAAACAUUGCAAGCAGAAGUCAAAACACUUAAAGCAGAAUCUCAUAAGGCUUCCACAUUACAAGACAUUGUAGAUAUCCUUAACAACGAAAAGAGUGAAUUAAAUAGCCAAUUAGAAACUCUCAGACAAGACUUGCGGGCAGCCAUGUAUAAAAAUGAAGAACUGACCAAUCAAAACCGUCAGCAUAUUCAAAAGGAAGAAGAGUUGACCAAUCAUAUUGAAUCUCUGAUGAUGGACAUUGAAGCAGUGAAAGAUGAAAACAAGAAAUUGUCCAAUGAGAGAGAUCUUCUCACGGAAACACAAAAGGAACAGUCGGAAUUGCUAAAGUCUUGGCAGGAAGAAUUGUACUCUCUGAGGUCAGAGAAAGUUUCUCUCGAAAAUGAUGUGGAUGUGCUAGAUAAAGAAAAGAAUGAUUUGUCAAACAAAUUGGAAAAGAUUGAAGAUAAUUUGAAUAAACUGAAGAAAGAAAAUCAAGAUAUUGCCAAGCAAGAGAUAAUUCUGAACCAUAUGCGAGAACAGAAUCAGAAAUUAACCAGUCAAGUGUCUGACUUACAGGCUGAGCUGAAUGAAGUCAAAAUUAGGGAAGGGACUCUUAUACAAACUCAGAAAGCCUUGGAUGGUAGUAAGGAGGAAUCUGAUAAACGAUAUAAACUGGAAUUAGAAGAUCUUAAAACAAAACUGCAGUUGAGUCUGGAGGAACUACAGAAAGUGAAAACUUCACUGGAGAAAGAACGAAACGAUAAAAACAUUCUUCAGGAAAAGAACUUCCAGUUGGAGAAGACUGUAGAAGAAUUAUCCCAAGUCAGGAAACAGCUUGAAGAAGAGAAAAAAUUAAAAUCAGAUUUAGAAAUGAAAAUCCACGAGCUCCAACUGAGUCUGGCCGAACGUUCUCUGGUAGCAGACGGAUUUGAGGGCGAGCGGAAACAGAGGAUGGAACUGGAGAAGAAGAUGUCUGAGCUUAAUCAGGUGGACUCAGAGGCAGCGAGUCUGAGAGAGCAGGUGGCGAGUCAGAGUGAGCAGAUUGCAAGCCUUAACGAGCAGGUGGCGAGCCUGAAGGGCAAGCUGGACGAGGAGAGGCGAGAGAGGGCGAGUCUCGAAGACACGGUUCAGGAUCUGGAGCAGAUUGUCGAGGAUCAGAAGGUCGACCAGGAGAAUCUUCAACAGAGCAUGAAUAAUAAGGUGAAAUCUCUGGAGGGUCGAGUUGUGGCAUUGCAGGAUGACCUGUUUGCAGCACAAGAUGAAAUGCAGGCCGUUCAGGAGAAGUUUGAAAAGGAUGAAAUAGACUCUAAAACAGCCAGUUCAUCUUGUCCUGUGAUCAAUGAACCUCAAACCAUCACCAGUGCUGAUCCACCUGAACAACAGAUAACAUCUUCCAAACAACAAACUCUAGAUUCUAAACCAAAAGAAUCUGUAAUAUCUUCCAAACAACAAACUCUAGAUUCUAAACCCACAGAAUCUGUAAUAUCUUCCAAACAACAAGUUCUAGAUUCUAAACCAACGGAUUCUGACUCCAGGCAGUUGGAGGCUAAACUUCGCGAAUCACUGAUCGCACUUCAGGCCAGCAACACACGGAUCCACGAACUUGAAGAGGAACUGCUCUCUUCUAGCCUCAAGGCUGAGCAGACGCACACCAUACAAGAAGAUUCUGAGAAGAGGCUGGAGAAGUCUGAGGAUGAUCUGAAACAGGUCCGGGGCGACCUCAAACAGGUGAAGAACGAGCUGAACAAGGCCCAGAGCGCACUGGAUGUCACCAAGGCUGAGUUGGAUGACAUGCACCGGAAUGCGGAGUUGAUGAACAGCGCACAGGAUUCCCUGGAGCUGCAGCUAGAGCUGACGAAGACGUCGUUGCAGUACGACGGCGACGAGAGACAGGAGCACAUGGACAGAAUAAAGACCCUGGAAAAAUUGUCACGUCAGCUUGAGUUGGACAACAGGGAAAUGGCUAAAAAGUUGUCUGAGACAAUGGCUGAACACAAGAAUCUGGUUAUUCAGCUGCAAACUGAGAAGAAACGAAACUUGGAUAAGCAGAAUUUUAACAGGACUAAUAUUGCUCAGCUGGAAGAUGAGUUAGAGGCCACUAACAAACAGAUUCAACAUCUCCGAGAAGAAAUCCAUUGUUUACAGACUCAGGUCUUUAAACUGGAGGCCAAUGAAGUAGGACAACAGGCAAAACACGAAAGUGCAAUAACUCGGCUGGAGAUGGAGCUGAAGGAAGCGAAGACGUUCCACCGACAGGAGGUGAAUACCCUGAAAGACAAGCUACAUGCAUCUAACACUGAAGCCAACGACUGCAGGAACAAACACAGUGAAGCGGAACAGGAGUUGUUAGAAAAGAAGGGAGAACUACAACGACUGAAACUAACAGUUGAACGACUCGAAUCUCAGCUACAGACGGAGACGAAACUGAGGACGGAUUACGAGAACCGAAAUAUUUCCCUAGAUCAUGAAAUGACAAAGGUGUGGAGUCAGAUUCGCAUUCUAAUGGAGAAGAACGCUAAUUUAGAAAACACAAAGAGGAGUUUAGAGGAUCAGUUGGACAGAAGGAGUGUCAGUUCGCGUCAAGCUGAACACGUGUUUUCAGAAACAGCAGCCUAUCAGGAUUCAACCAAUAAGUUUCUGCGGAAUCGCACUGAGGCCGCAGAACAAACGGUGUCUGGCAUAACACUUCAACCUCUUAUCACAAAAGCGGCCAAGCUGCAGCGUGAGUUACAGGAGGUGACAAUGAAGAUGCACCAGUCGGAGGAGAGCCUCAUCAACAUGGCCGACAGCGGUGUGGAGCUGCAGGAGAAGAAAGACCAGAUCGUCCAGCUCCGCAACCAGCUGGAGGGAGAGAAACUACAGAGAACCCUGCUGGAUCAGACUGUUGCUGAGCUGAAGCACCAGGUGUCACUGCUGAAACACCGAGAGAGCAAACUAGCGGACGAGAACCAGAGUCUUCAGCACACAAUACUGGACCUGGAGUCCAGACUCAACGAUCUUGAAGAUCAGAAGGACCAGGCUUAUGAUAUGCAUCACCAGCUGUCGGAGGUGGGCCAGCAGUCACUACUGGAGCAGAUAGCACGGCUACAGAAAGAGGUAAAAGACUUGCAGUUUGAACUCAUCACUAACAACGAGAAACACAGCUUUGACGAGCAGCGCUACAUGGACAGAAAACACCGCACCAAAGAAAAACUCUUACGAGCCAGGGAGUUCUACUCCGUGGAGAGAUCUCGGCUAAAGGAACACAUGUCACGAGUGGACGAAGAUCUUGAGUUGACCCGAGCAACUCUUCGUAAAGAACUCGAGUGGAAGGAUAAAAUGGACAUGAACUACAAACAUUUACUGCAGGAAAAACGCGGACUUAUCACUCAGCUGACAGACUUGGAGGAAGAUCUCCGAGAUCGGUCUCGGGCUCUCGCCAUGUUGCAGAUCCGCAGCAAAUUUCUCGAAGAGGAGAAUUCUCGACUUCAGGACCGGAUCGAUUCAAUUUCACAAGACAAACAAUACCUGGAUCGAACUCUUAAAGAGCUCCAGCGCGAGAGAAAUAGAGAGUCAUAUUCUUUACAGUCAGCUGACGUCAACGUGGCAAGUUUUGCAGUCUCCACUAGUGGUUUAGGAAAUAGUAUGAAGUCGAGCUGGGAGGAGGAGAAUCUGAGACAAGGUGUUUUGAGUACCGAGACCAAUGAUUACCAUUCCCGCCUCUACAACCCGCAGACCAUCAACCUCCGCCACAGUCUCGAGAGCGGUAGUAACCAUUCAAUGGACGAAGAGUUUGACGCUUAGAGAUACAACAUGCAGGCCUUCACAAAUUCAUAAUUUGCAUAUCUUAAAAAGGAGUUAUCGCAGAGCUCACCAUUUAAAAAGGGUUAUCACAGAGCUCACCAUUUAAAAAGGGUUAUCGCAGAGAUCGCCAUUUAAAAAGUGUUAUUGCAGAGAUCACCAUUUUAAAAAGUGGUUAUUGCAGAGCUCACCAUUUAAAAAGUGUUACUGCAGAGCUCACCAUUUAAAGUGUUAUUGCAGAGCUCACCAUUUAAAAAGUGUUAUCACAGAGCUCACCAUUUAAAAAGGGUUAUUGCAGAGCUCACCAUUUAAAAAGGGUUAUCACAGAGCUCACCAUUUAAAAAGGGUUAUCGCAGAGCUCACCAUUUAAAAAGGGUUAUCGCAGAGCUCACCAUUUAAAAAAGGUUUAUUGCAGAGCUCACCAUUUAAAAAGGGUUUAUUGCCGAGCUCACCAUUUAAAAAGGGGUUAUCGCAGAGCUCACCAUUUAAAAAGUGUUAUUGCAGAGCUCGCCAUUUAAAAAGGGUUUAUUGCAGAGCUCACCAUUUAAAAAGGGGUUAUCACAGAGCUCAUCAUUUAAAAAGUUUAUCGCAAAGCUCACUGCAAUUUGUGGAGGCCUGUACUGCGAUAUCAAUUACACAAGGACAAACUGUUGUCUUUAUUCAGAAAAACAUUAACCAAUCAAAAUAGACUGAAGUGUGUCUGUCCUGUUUGCUAGACAAGGAUAAGACUGGUUCUAAACGAAACAAGAGUGUAUUAUUAGUAAAACAGGUAGUUUUGUAAGAAGAUUCUAACACAAAACGGUGUUUGGUGUUCGGACUAUAGUUGCUGACCUUAAUUUGUUGAGGUUUUUUAGUCAUUUUGGUUUUGUAGUAGGUCAAAAUUAAUUUUUUAUAUGAAACAAAAAAGGUCUGUACCUUUGAAGUGAGGAUCAGUGGCUGUAAGAUACAAAAGAAAAAACCCAAGCAGUUCAUGACUAGACUUUUUAUAAUUAGUAAUUCUCGUUUUAUUUGUAGGAAGGUUUAGAAAACAUGAGUCCUGUGUCUCCCUGUGCUUAUUGAACAUUCUAACCCAGUGCAGUUCAGAUCUAGACAUAGAUUCGAGCUAAUAAAGCUUAUUUUUGUGAUCAUAUCUAAUGAGAGUUCAGGUUUGUGUUUUGAUUUCAGAUAUUUAAAUACGACAUGUUUAAGCACAUGCUGACAUUCUGACAUUUGUUUUUUGUUUACAUUGUCAAUAUGUAUUUUAUUUUAUUUCUAAUUUGGGGAAUACAGAUUGUUUAAGACUGUCCUUUAUUUC